GUUUUGAAAGCAUCUUGGAAGGCUUGUUUGGGCCGGGACUAGUCAAAGAUAUCACCCUUUUCCAAGACUGCGAGCCAGAAGAAGUGUCAGACUGGUCCUUUGAUGAAAGCUGUCUCUUCUGCUGCUUAAGACGUGAGAGAGUCAAGGAUCACGGCAUAGACAACGGUGGAGGCAGCCAGGUGCUGUCGGAGUGUGAAGACUUCAAACAGGAGCAGUCUCGGAUCAGCCGGCUGGAGAGACAGGCCCAAGACUUCCUCAAUGCUGUGUUCCACAAAAAAGACCUCCCAAGUUUCUCAGAACCUCACAUUCCUCUAGUGGCUCGUGAGAUCAUGCAGCGAAUGAUCCGCCAGUUCGCUGCCGAAUAUACCUCAAAAACUACUCAGGACGACUCGCCCCUGCCCAACGGCAUCAUGAAGGACCAAAGCCUGCCGAGAGCUGCGUCUCUGGCCCAGGCACCCGGCUCCCCGCCUGGGCCCCUGCUCGCCCCAAGUUCCCCUCAAUCGUCUGCCUCCUCCUCUCCAUCCCCCAUCCCAGGCCUCAGCCCCACCUCCGCCGCUGCUGCCGCCUCAGCAUCCGCCUGCAGCAACGGUACAGGAGUCACUAACGGGGGUGGAGCAGGAGGAACGGUUGUUGCCUCUGCACAGAAUCCUGUCCUCAGCAAGCUUCUCAUGGCCGACCAGGAUGGCCCGCUGGACCUCUCCGUCAAAAAGAACGACCAGGACGACCAGGAGCCCAGCCAGCAGGACGGCGUCCUGGACCUCUCCACCAAGAAGACCGAAAGCGCAGGCAGCCACAAAACCGGCUUCCCCCCUGCGCCUGGGGUCAAAGGACGUUCUCUCAAAGUGGAACAUACACUACCAGAGGUGGAUGAGGAGGAUGGUGUGCUGCAGAGAAGCUUUCAGGAUGGACGGAGGGCCAACUACAUCAACUCUAACUCCUUCAAGCCCCCAUUGGCCCGCUCCCUGCGUAUCAAGGAAGAGCUCCUUAGCCAGAAGCACCGCCUACUGAGCCAGCCUGCUGCUCUUUCAUUGGCUAAUCUAGAGUCUGCUGGCUUGCUCAAUCAUGUGCAGUCCCAGUCCUUGCUUGGCCAGAAGGGUUCUUCCUCUUUCUGGGGAAGCAAGGCCCACCUUGAAAGUCUGUUGAAACUGAAGCAAGCCAGUGGAGCUCUAAGCGGGGCACUCAGUGACCUCAAAGACCUGCCUACAUUCCUGGAGAAUCACCACCACGGAGCCUUCUCUUACAAGAGUUCCCUCCAUCAUCAUCUUCACAAUCAGGUCUCCAAGGCCCAUCACCACCACAAUGACGGGAAGAGAGACCAGGGCCACUCACCUCCUGUUGACCUAAAGAUCCCCCAAGUUCGAGGCAUGGAUCUCUCCUGGGACUCCCAUGCCUCCGAGUUGUAUGGCUAUGGUGCCAUUGGGGUUGGGGGUGGUUGCCAUGGGGAGAACACCCUGAGCCGGAAGCUGAGAGCCAUCCUGCCAAAGCAAAACCGCCGGGGAGGAAGCCUUGGAAGCCUGUUGGAUGGGGCUGACUACUGGAGCACUGAUUUGGACCACUCUGGUUCUGGGCCAGCAUAUUCCACCUCUGAUGUUGAAGGCGACCCAAACUCCAAGCAACCAAGGAAGAAAAGGGGCCGCUAUCGCCAGUACAACAGCGAGAUCCUGGAGGAGGCCAUAGCAGUUGUGAUGGGUGGAAAGAUGAGUGUGUCCAAGGCUCAGAACAUGUAUGGGAUCCCACACAGCACCCUGGAAUAUAAGGUCAAGGAGCGCAUGGGAACCCUGAAGAACCCCCCAAAGAAGAAGCUCAAGCUGAUGAUGAAAAUGGAAGCAGGAGCCCAGGAUUAUCCUGCUGAGUCAGAGAACACACUCACCGCAACCCUAGGAGACGACAGCCAGCCACUGGCAGCUGCUGAGCUCAAGGACAAUGUAAAAGAAGAAAUUGAUGACAAUUUCAACCCAAUCGACUAAACGACUUACACAUGAAAAACCUCAGUCUAAUGACUAAAGUAAUUUGAAAAACGGAUGUGGCUUUAUUUGUGCCAAUUUCCUUUGCAGUAUCUGGGUGAGCACAAAUGCAGGGAUAAUAUAAGGAGGAAUCUUAAAACAAACUGGAGAUAACAAAAAAGGAUGAUUUUUAACAAGUGUUGCUCUAGCAACAAUGUAUAAGCAUUUGCUUAGCCUUUGUGUCCAGGGGCUUAACAAAAACAGCUACAGACAUAAGUAAAUGACAAUUGAUUAAAUUUCCAUUAGCAUGCUGAUAAUCCCCUGCCCAAAUACAAUCCCCAUCUUUUGUGAACUCGAUACACUGAACCAUUGCUGCUUAUAAAUGCAGUAUGUGCUUUGGACCAUUCCAAUUCGGGGAAAAUGAGGGGAGGUUUAAGAUUAAGUCCUUGAAAAAAAUGACAAAUUUUUCCCUUUACUUCUCCCUUCUCCUAUGGAGCACUAGCUGAAAAUUGGUAAGUGAAUUGUCUAUUACAUUUGACUCCAAUUGUAAGGCUUAAUCAUACUAUUGAUAUUUCUUACCAGGGUUGUGAAUCAAAACCCAUACUCUUAUUGCCAGGUAGCCAUGACGCAUUAACUGCAAACCUUUUUUCCCUCCUUAAAAUGUUCUGCUUAUCUCUGUGCGGACGAAACAACAUUAACCUGUCCUUUUUGAAUGAGAAAAGACACACAAAAGUCAUUCAGGGAUGCAUGUUUGUGAGUUUCGUGGACACUACUGACUUCUAUAAUCAACAACUUCUCCUCAAUCUUUUAAUUUGAUUUAUUUUGCUUUCUUUUGCACUACACUCUGGGUCUGGCGCUUACAGACCAGGUUACCUCGGCAUUGUUGCCCUUGCAUCAUGCACUUAUUAUGGUCUGUCUCUGAAGCCCAGUCGCAUCCUCGCAAUGGGUUAGAGGAUGCACAUCGCCUGCAUACGUUGAUCCAUAAUCACGUCCCGCAGAGCUCCAAAACCCUCUUUUUUCCAAGGGAGAAGUUAAGGGGAAAUCUGAUUGUGGAUCAGCUGUAUAGCGAAAUGCUACCUCAUGGACCUACAUCAGUCGCUCACUGCUGAUCCUGGAAUGCUGGAGCUGCCUUCGGUUCCACAACAAAUGGCGACUGAAGUGAACUCAUCCCCUCAUGGAGAUCUUAUUGGAUGGAGGCUUUCUAGGAUCAGAUUGUGAAACUCAGCUGCUAUCCAGUUGAUCAUCAAGCUACUAUACAAAGCUUUAGCUAGCCUUAGCUAAAACGUUUUAGCUAGUCUUAGCUUACAGCAACAUAUUUCUGAUGUUUUUUUUUUCUUCUUUUCUAAUCAAACUAAGCAGAAGCGGCUUCACUAAUGAAUUUUUAAAGAAAGUCUUUUCCCUCAAACUUUACAGUUUUAAAGGCAGUUUAUUAAAACAAUGUGCAUUUAUACGUUAUAUAUUAACGGGUGUUCAUUUUGGGGAUGGUGGGUGGGCAAUAUGCAGUGGGAAGGGGUAGUUGAUUAAGGUGAGGGAAAGGCAGAUUUAAUAUAUUAUAAAUUAUUGUGACUGAUGACGUUAAAGCUAAUCUGUGAUUCUGGAUGACUUCUUUCUCCCCAUUUUAAACUCAGGGUAACUGAGACAGAUGAUGUGGGUUUCAAAUAUGUUCAUUUUCUGUUGGACCUAUAGACAGACAGGAUGACCCUCCCUAAUGCUAUGUCUGCAAGAGCAGUCAUGUGAGCAAAUAUAGCAGCACCAUCGCAGACAGACCUGUUGAUGAAUCAUGAAAGAGAACAGAAAAUGCUGAUGUUGGGUUAGGAGCUAGAGCUUGUGGCGCUAAACUUCGAAAAUAGCACUUUCAAAAAUGUGAGAAAAAAACGAGAGAAAGAAGGCUGUUUGAGGUUAUGCAUGUCGUGUAGCUUUUCUCUGGGGGGUAAUGGAGCAGGGCAGAGAGAUGGAAGAAAAAAAGCUUUAGUAUGAAGACUUCCGGAAAGCUGCAUCUCGGUCCCAUAUCCCCCCCCCCCCCUUGACUACCAGAAUAGAAAAAAGAUUGACAGCUGGAACAACUAAAGUUUAGUUUAGCAUUGUCUCAUUGUUUCCCCUACCAUCGCCAAAGUACCAGGGAUAGAAAAACAAACAUCAUGUUUUACCUAGAAUCCCUGGGAGGACCACAUGUGGAAAGAAAAGAAAUUGCUCUUUUGGUAUUUUCCAUCAGGAAAAAUUGGUUGUCAUGUCUUUGUUUCUUUUAUUGCUCCGUGGUAAAUGUUGCUUCUCGCUCCUGACACUGCCUGGUGCUCACCCAGUCUUUGAGAUUUCUAAGAUGAGAACUGUACUUCUGUUCAAAUGAAAUUAUGAAUAUCCACUCCUUUUGAAUUGUAUUGUAAAUGUAUUUAUUUGUUUUUUUUCUUUGAUUAUUCUCUUAAAAUGGCAUGCACCACUUUUUUUGGCUGAUUUUGGGGGUCAGGCCAUUGAAUAGGCUAUUCUAUGUUGAGAGGAUUUAACACAAUUCCUCCUGAGCCUGAGAUUUUCAAACUAAUACAAAGUUAUGGAUGAAUCAUGAUCUAAUUAUAAUUAGAACAAUGUACUACCUGUGGCAUACAAUCUUGUUUUUUCCAUAUUUGGUUAUUGAUUAUCCCCUUAAGCUUUGUAGCUUCUUAAGCAGAUAAGCAUGUCCAAUUAAAAAAAGAAGCUUUAGGAAAGACCUCUGGAUCAUCAGUAUCUCUGAGGCUCAUCAUGCAUGAAAUGCGUCCAACACUUUGACAAUGCCGAGCAUUUGAAGUGUCUAAAAGGAUGUGGUGCACCUCAAGUUGGACCCAGCGAAGGACAAUGCACUGAUCUGAUAGUUAAAACAGGAUCAUAGUAUUAAUGGCAAAGCACUUCUUGUAACCAUGCUUUUGAUAAAUGGCAUGAUAGCUACUUAGUUAGCCAGCAAUGAAUAAAGUCUGAAAAAUGUAACUGUGUGCCCCUCCCCCCCCCCAAAAAAAAGAACUCAACAAAGUCCUGGCCCUCUGCCUGUUUAAUGUAAAGCAUGAAUUUGUGAUUCGAACAAUUUAGAUUUGGCAUAGAAAUAGAAUAAUUGGCACUUAAUGCAAAAGUUUGCAUGAACUCCAACAGCACUUAAGAUUGAAUUCCCCUAAGAGGGGUGAUUCUUUGAGGCCAAAUUCUCUGUCUAAAUUUAUACUAAUCUAUACGUAAUUUCUUACCCUUCAAGAAAUUAUUGACUCUCAUAGUACAUUUAUUGAUUGUUUAAACUUGCCAUUGCUUUUCAAAACCACUAAUGUAACAUUAUAAAAGAUUCCCAUUUUCAGCCUGGUCUUAUCUACUGAGGUGCAUGCCAUUUAAGGUAUAUUUAUUUCAUUUCAUUUGAUAUUUCUUGGGUUUUUUGAUUGUUUAUAGUCAUGUGGUUAACGGUUCCCCCUGUCCAAAAAAGUCCUCCUUCUUGCAACUGAGUCUCACUGCUGUUUUAAAGAAACCUCAUACUAUAUUAUAUACUUUAGAGAACAGUAUAUCUAUUCUCUAUUUAUCUAUUUAUAUACAUAUAUAUUAACAGAUACUCACAUCAUGAAUGUAGUGAACUGACAUGAAUAUCUCAAACUUACAUAACCAUUACAGUGAUCCUCCAAAAGAGGGCAUUGUCAGUUUCUUUAUGACAGACUGUUGUUCUUAUUCUUUAGCUUUCAGUUUUGACUUUACGCUGCUUGCAUUGAAAAUAGCCGUUUUCUGACGCGGGCGUGCGACAGUAGCCUUCAGUACUGUAAAUGUCUCAGGAUCGAGCCAACGGGAUGGGCAGCAAUAUUUGUCAGUCGGAAAAUGGCACAGACUUAACUACCUGUACUAGAUGUACUUAUAUAUACAGAAUAUAAACUAUAUGUCAACUUGGUCAGCCGGGACCAAGUUCUAUACCUCAAUCUCAGAAUAAUGACUCCUUUCCGUGCCUCGUACUUUUAUGUAGACCUUACCUGGGAGCCUGGCGAAGGGAUAACUGAUACUCUGGGAAAUAUAGUGUGCUCCGCUGUAUCUUUUAUUAUCUGUUCAUAUUUUUCUUUGUUAAACCUCCCUUUUGUGAAGGGCGGAGGGAGACGCUUCAAGUGUCUGACUGACCAAUAUUUGCAACCCUACCUCUUUUCAGGUAUUUUUGCGCAACAACAAAACCUUAUAGAAGUAUAUAUGAGCAACAGAUUGAGAAAAAGAAAGACCUGCAGGGAUUAUACAGCUAUUCCUGUACUUAGCACUGAAAGAGGUUGGUGUGGGAGGGCUACCAACCUCUCAUUUCUUUCUCUAAAAGUCAAAACAUUUUUGGAUUCACUCGUCUGGUUUCACCCUGGAGGCGAUCAGUCAGGUCAGUCACACCCUGGUCUGAGAACAAGGUAUUUUUUGUUCACUGAGGUGUGUACAAUUGUGUGUUUUAAGGUGCAACAAAACUCCAGGUUGAAACCUGACGGGGGGAUUUUUUUUUUUUUUUUUCCUGCCUUGUUUAUUUCUCAAACUUAGAGGAAUCAGAGACCUAGAGGGGAGAUUGGGGGACAGGUGGACAAGUUAACCUUUCUUUAUCUGCUGUCUUGUAAAAGAAAAAUAUCCUAUCCAAAAUCUUUUACAUUGCAUUCCAAAAAACACCCCACACACAGGAAAAUGUACCUUUAUAUGAUGAAAUUGAAAAAUUUAUAUACUUAUGAUAUAUAUGUAUUUAUUUUACUGUUUUUGCAUCUUCAGGUAAACCAAUCUAUUUCUCGUUUGCUUUUUAGGUUGGUAUCUUAUUUAUUUUUUAUUUCUUCUGAGUGACAGACUGUCAAAAAACAUUGUAAAAAUGAUGAAAAAAAUGUCUAACAGCAACUACUGUAACCUCACUGAGUAGGCGCCACAUGAUGUGCCAUUUACUUUCAUGAUGGUGUGAUGCUAUGGGCUACCAGGCAAGAACGACCCAACAAUGUAUAUGAUUGCCAUGCUCCUCUCUGCGCAGAGGCUUCUUCUGUUUCUUUCUGUGUCACGCUGCGUAUCUGGUUGUCAUUUUUACCUCAGGUCUGACCACUUCAAAGCAGCUGAUUGUACACUAGAAACACAGACACACACACACACAUACACACACAAACACACAAGGAAGAAUCAGGAUUUUUAGUACAGCUCGUUUGCAGUUUUUAAAUGUAACCGACGGAAGCAGUUUUUGAAUAAUUGUUGUUUCUUGUUCUUGUUGUUGUUCGUACUGUUGUUAUUCUGAUGACACCUUCUUUCCCUUUCUUUGUUUUCUUAUAAAGGAAAAGAGAAAUUCUUAAAAUGCCAGAAGCCAAGUUCAUAUGAAUACAAAGCUGUAUUAUCUCUAGCACAUACAGCCGUGGAAGAGCAGAACGCACACGUACACAUAAAUAGAGACAUGACGCACCUACAGCAACAAACUCUCUCUCUCUCUCUCUCUCUCUCUCUCUCGCUCUCUCCUCAUCAGGUAGCCACACUUUGUGUGGGCGGGUUAUAUGUAUAAUUAUGAAGCUGGGAGUCUGUAGCUUCUCUUUUAGAAGCAGGUGGGUGUGUUUUGUCCACAGCCUGCAGAACAUCAGCCCCACUGGCUGAUUUUGAUCUGGCACACUGGGACUCUGCAGGCAAUGCCUCUGUGAAAAUCACUUUGUCUUGUUUCUUGCUUUCAACAAAGACCGUUUUUCUUCCUCUUUUUUUUAUAUCGGCCUAACAAUUGUUUUGUUAAAGGACAAAUCCUCCCCUCAGUUGUUCUGUGAUGUUCUUAGCAUUCCAGCGGUUGUUUUUUUUUUUCAUCUUCCUCUCUAGUUGCCUGGUCUAUCAUAAAUUGGAUUUUAAAAACAAAACAAAACUACAAGCUAAGGAAAGAAAUGAUGGAACACAGAUUUGCUGUUUCUAUAGUCAGGAUGCUAAAUCCAUGUCUGAGAAACAACCUGGUGUGUUUUGGAUGGAUUUCUCUUUUAACGUGUUACAAUUGUACUUGUGUGUUGUAAGCCUUGCCAUGAUGUCUUAUUUGUUUUUCUUUAUAUCUUUCAGACAUUUGUCAAAGAGACGCUAACAGAUCUGUUGAAAUGUGCAUCUCCUCUGUUAUGGAGUGUGAUGCCCGGAGUUGUAAAUGUCAAGGUAUCUGAGAAGACAUGUCAAGCUCAGUGGCUUAGUAGCAGUCUGGCUUCGAAAGCAAAGUUGAAUACUGGUCUUAAAGGCCAGACACACCUCUGGAACAAUGCUGAUCUGCUGACACAACAGGCACUGAAACUGCUUUUGGUUAUAAUUACCCUAAAGAGAAAUUUGGCUGGGGUUUUAACUUAAUCCUUGCUCUGUACAUAGCUGACACUCCAUCCAGAGCACUGGUCAGUCUCAACUUGCUGUAAGUGAAAGACUAGCUUAUCUAGACAACAUAACAUCUUUUUAAAACAUGGCAUGCUUGUAUUGGGAAAUCACCACACGUAAUUACAGCCCUGUUGAGACAUUUUUCAUAGCUUUUGAUUUUCAAGCUAUGAUUAGGGCUCUUAAAUCUACAACAAGAACCAUGCUUAACCUGUUUACUCACAUUCAAUCUGACUUGCCACCAAGAAUAAUUGAUUAUAUAUUUGUUAUUCUUCAAUCAGUGGAAUCAAGAGUGCCUUUGAAGACUCUAAUCACGUUCUCAAAUCUAAUCGUUCAGGGUUGGUUUCUUAAUCGCAUAUAACCGCCUGAGUGUAAUCACAGAGCGGCUACUUCAAGAACAACAUACUUGUGUCAAAGCAAAAUGUCAUGUGAGAUUCAGGUCAAAUUUGUCGGCUUAAAUUCCCAGCCCCCCGUGAUUAUGUUUCACUGCGAAAAAAGAAUCACAGGCAGACAUUUUCUCACAUUGUUUGCUCUUGCCUCUGAUGAGACCAUGUUGUUGGCGUACGUCACACCCUCCGCCUCGUCAGAAAACAUUUUGCAGAUGGUAGAAAGACAGAUCGUCAGUCAGACAUUGCCAUCUGAGGAGGUGGAUGGGAGAGCGAGGAUUAAAUCUAAGUGAAGCACAGAAUAAUAAAGACUGCUGAAGGUCAGCAUCCCCAUCCCCACUGCACAGUUAAACAACAGGCUUUUAAUGGAAUGAUGCUGAAAUUCACCUUGCAAACGAACACUACCUCGGCACAUAGCUUUUAUGAUUUAAACGUACUGUGGUUGAUCUGAAACUCCACUUAGAGAAAGAAAAAGGGAUUAUUAGCGACAUAAUUUCAGACCUGAUGUUGAAGGUUGAAAAUACAUUUUCAGAAAAUAAAAGCAUGAGCUCUGUAAAGUAAAUCUUGUGCAUUUCAUCAGGUGCCCUUGUGUGUUGCCAUGACAAUCUUGCAGCAUUGUUCCCAUGUGGUGUUUUGUCUGGCCCUUUAAAGCCACCUCCAUGGACCAGAUGGUCUCUGAUGCUCUGAAGCCAGAUCUAGCUCAGCUAACACUGCUUGUUCUCCUGCUUAUGCACACAAUAAUAUGGAUUUUGGUUCAAAACCAGAAAAUUUAGCUGAUUGCAUCUCAUUGCAAAAAAAAAUCCACUCGUAGACUCCAGAUGCCGCCUUGAGUGUCAAUUCCUCAGGCUUUGUUGUGAGCAUUUUCAAAGGAAUUAUGUUCAAAAGCAGGCAAUUUUCCAAUGUCUUUGUCCAACACUGGCAAACAAAUAUCUACCACAAAAUGUCUCUUAUUCUCUUCUCAUAUUAUUUCCCUUCUUUUUACUUCCAGCUGAUGUAAAGUGUUUAUCCUUUUCUUUGCUUGUUUCUGAGAUUUCUCUGCUGCUUCUGCUACCUCAUUCUGCCACAAGGACUUGACAGUUUCAAAAAGUUGUUGGGAAAACUAAAGCAUUAUUGGGCCUUAUAAGUUCUGAAUGGUUCUAAUGGAAGUUUAAUGAAGUGAAGAGAACCCAUUGAUUGUCUGCCGACCAUUUCGGUUUCCCGUUUUGUGCUUCUCUCUCAGAAAUGUGUCAGAUCUUGAUUGUUCUGUCACUCAAAAGUGUGAAGUUUCUGGAGAUGCAUCGUGAUUGCUGAUGCACUGCUUAAAGUGGCCGGGUGGGGCCACAAAUCAUCUUCCACACAUCUGUAAACACUGUUGGAUUUUAUUGUCACUUUCUUUGAUGAAAAGUCGUAAACCCCUUUCCUUCACUUUCGCCCCCUAACUAUUUGUCAUCCUCACAGCAACCAUGGGUACUGGGGCGUGAACGCUGUGGGGCUGACAGGCCCUUGUUUAUCUCAGGAGAGAUGGGGUGUUCUGCGGCAGACCCAGGUCUUUCACCUCUCAUUAGACCUCCCUGCCAUCUCUUGGGAUUGUAUACUUGACCCAAAGGCACCUGAACACGGUCUUCCCUCCAACUUUCCCCUUUUUUCUUUUAUCUUUUCACAGAGGAUUUGCCAUGCUCUCCCCUGAUGAGGAGCUUAUAGAUUUACAUUUCUUAAUACAUGGCUUCAGGUUUUUCAGGGUGGUCAUUAUCCUCUUCAAUACUGAGAACUGUUUCUAGAAAAAAACAUAAACAUAUAUGAAAAUUUCAUGAACCCGCUCCACAAGAGCUUCAAUAUUUCAAAGGUUUGGCCGUUAAUGUUGUAUGAUGUCUCCGAUCUCUUGUUUUGAUGUUUUGAGGUAACUGGCUCGGACUUGAGUUUUAUUUUCUGUGUAGAAAAGUGGAAAAUAUCAAGAAAAAAAAAAAAGGCUAAUGACUGAGUUUGUGUUUUGUCAUAAUUUCUAUCGCAUUGCUGUGAUCCUCUUGUAGCUUCUUUUUGCAGUCUUUCAGGUUUUGACAUUUGAGCUUUUGAACUUAGGUGUCUUUGAAGACCAAGUACCUUUCUCUGUUACCUAUCAGUUGUGAAGUCUACACUACAUGCAGUUAACCACAAGAGCUGGAGUUGUUGUAGUCGAGGAGCAACACUGGCUAAUGAGCAACGAUUGAUAGUCAAGUCAGACUGACCUAUACUUGGUGAGCGGAUAUGGGAGUUCAGGCCUCAGAAAGCAGGCUUGGCAGUAUAGAAGAUUAAGUGUCAUGUAGAUUAUUCCCUCUUCUAAAAGAGAAACUACUCAAACCUUUUUGAGGAACACCUUGGAUUCAUCUGGCUGAAGUUGACACUUGAAAGCCAGAACAUCAUCACUUAAAAGGAUCUUAGAAAAGCCUUUUUGUUAUUUUUAACUGAACUGUACAUUGUUUUCAGCCAAAUGCUUUUUCAGUGCUUUAUAAACAGCAAGGAUUGUAAAUACUAAUAACUCUUUUUGGAGGAGGCUCAUGCAGAGCUUACUUUACUUUCCACCUUGUGGAUCCUCUACAGAUCUAAAUAAUAAGACUUGGACUGUUGCCUUCCUGGAAGUGCAAAUUAAGGGAAACAGAGUGCUUUGACCUUAAUCUGCUUUUAGGAAAGUAACGCUGAGUGUUUGUUCUUUCCGUCAGUCUUUGAUAAUGUUUUCCAUCUUGGUGUUUCUUGGUGGCAAAAAUGUAAAGAAGAUGAAAAAAAAAAAACCUUACAACACAGAAUACCUCAGAAAAGAUAUCCAUGUAACCUUGACAACCUCCACAUUAUAGUCAGAUCCUGUCCAUGAAGACUCAUCUCCUGGGCACUUUCAUCUAUUGUCCUUUGUAUUUGUUUUUCCUUCUGCAUUUUUUGCCAUUUAGAGUGUAGUGCCCAGUGGAGGUUCCAUAACUCUUUACACACGUUUGGUUUCACAUCCUCAUUUGUGUUCUGUCUUUUGACUGAUCCCUCUUGGCCUGGAACCUUUCGCAGCCCACUUGGUGUUCUUCAGUUAAAGGCUCAAAGAAGGUGGUAUCAUACGUUAAGUUGACACGAUAUGCUGAUUCAUGGAACAGAGCGCCAUAGAAUAAACUGUCAGAACCAGUGCAAAAAGAUGGGCUGUUCAUUUUUAAAAGUGGGUUUGCUGAAAGGAUGAAGGACAACAUGUGGAACACUGGAAGCCACACAUUUCCUGCGGUGUUCCUUUUUCAUACGUCUUUAACUACUUAUCUACUCUUUAUCAUUGUUAAAAACUGAAUGUAAAAAAAUAACGCAAACAACUAACCUCUAAUUUAACUAUACAUAUUUAAGAAUAAGAAAUAUUCUAUAUGUGCACAUAGAUAUACCUAUACAAGGCCAACACAGACACAAACACAAAUGCAUAUGUAUAUACAAAUCUCUAAUGUCAUAUACUUUUAUCUUGAAAAGGAAGAGGAUGAGCCUUUUCCAUUAAUGAUUCAGGGAAACAGUACAGAAGUCAAGUGCAGUAUGUAAGGUAAAAUCACUCUCACUCUGUUGCUUUUGGUGUUCCAUAUUCUUACUCCGUUCUUGCUUGUUUUUUUCCUCAUGAUGUAGCAUAGGGCAAAGCGGGCACGGACUUGAGCUUUUUGAUAACAAGGAGUAAUGGAACUAGGAUUUAAUGUAGUUGUAGUCUUUUCAAGUCGGAUGCUGUGAGAAGAGGAAGGGGUGGGUGGGGAGGUUUUUUUUCUGAAGCGAACACUGUAAGGACAGUAUAUUUAUGAAGAUGACUCUAAAGUGAGAGUCACACUUUGGGGGGUCGGAAGUGUUUGCGGGGGGUGGGGAUGUCUUCAAGACAGUUGUGUAUAUAGAACUGCUUUACCCAUCAACCCUUACCUGUCUUUUUCACAGGCAAGAUGGAUCUGUAUAUUGAAGGCACUGCGAAGGAACUGUUUGUGUUUUUAUGUCUCGAAGAGUAAAGACUGUUUUAAAUGAAGGACAUGGAUUGGGGGGCUGAGGAACACAACAGACAGUGAAGUCGUAAGAAAACGCAUCUUCCUCAAGCUUUUCUGAGCGCGACAGACGGUUUUGUGAACGUUGACCCUCAAUAUUUUUGCAUGCUGAUGUACAUACCCAUUUAUCAGUCCUUUUGUUUGAAGAGGCUGGUUAAUCCAAGUUUAUUAUUUUGGGGGGGAUUUUGUCCACAGGACAAAUUCUGAUGUUUUUAAAUAUUAAAUAUUGCCCCUAAGAAAAAAAUCCCUUUCCCCAACAGAAGCACCUAAGGUGUUUGUCACUGCAACAGCUUUCGUAGUGGUUUUUGGCUAAAGCUCUUUUGCAAUCAUUUUCCUUUUUUCCUUGUGUAAAUUAUCAAAAAGUGUGUAUGAGUGUGAAUCUGUGUGGACGUGUAAGAAACAAUGUGUAAAGCUCUUUUUGAUUUUCCUUUGAUUUUUUCCUCAAGCAGUUUUUAACCUCAGAGCUGUUGGUAGGACCAUUUCUGUCCUCUUACGGUAACCCAAUGGAACACUGAUCACAGUUGAAGAACUAUCUUUGAUCGUACACUGGCUGCCUGUAGGAAAAGAUGCCAAUCUCUGGGCACCUUACAGAGCCGAAUUAUAUUACCCAGAAACCCUCAGGGACCUUCAGCUACACUGCUCUCAUUCUUAUUCAGGUACUUGAUCUUCACUGAGGCCGAGCAGUGAUCAACUAUCGUUUAUUCUCACAGGCCUGUUCCUAUGAAGACUGAAAAUUACCGCCAAAAUCCUAAAAUUUCAGAAGCAGUUUUCUUUAACUCCCAAAGUUGAGUUUUUCUGUGUUCUACUCAUUGGAUUACUUCUCUUUUUCUACCCUUUAGCUUUUUCUUGUAUCUGUUAUUUUCAUCUAUGGAGUUUUUUUUUAAUAUCUUAUGAAUGUCAAUCUUCUUCUCAGUUAAGGACUGCUGUGUCUUUUUUUGCACUCUGUCCUCUCUAUGACUUGCGUCUGGUGCAGUGGCUCCACCUCUGAGCCAAGCUGACGACGCAGCCAUCUGGUAUUGUGUGGCUACAUAGCACCAACGUAACAAUGACUUACACCAAGCUAACCUCUUAAAAACAUUUCAUACAAGUGCACAAAAGUGGACUGGCUUUUAGACAGUCGUUAAGCCUCCACAAUUCGUAUGUAGGUUUAUAAAAACAAAGAAAGAAUGCUGCAGUUUCAGUACGCAUGUUCAGGUAUCUGUCUAGUUUAAGUGCUAACUUGAGUUCUCUUCAGCUUAAGUUUAUUCUUUUCGGGGGGUACACACAAAAGACGAAUGUGACAGUUCUGCCUUCAGUUCUUCUUUAGCUUCAGGGAAAACUUAGUAAGCCUCACUCACCACAAGUGAAAAAAAAAAGAAAAUGACCUCACUCUGUCUGAUGUUGAUGAUCAAACCUCCAGAUCUGUGGAGCUGUGAGGGACAAAGGCAAACAAACUGAUGCAGAAAGUUACGUGUUUUUUGGUGAAAUUGUUCUCAUUUGCUCUUUGACCUUUUUAGACAGUUUCUCUUCUCUGGGUGAAACCUCUGCUGUAUGUUGCUAUGUCUUUGUAUUGCUGCACACAGCUUGGUCAAUGCCAUGGGUUUUUGGGAGUCUCCUGCUGACUUCAGAAAGAACUAGUCAUGCAAAAGCAGUUACUUGAUGGCCUGGUCUGGAUGACAGGAGUGUAUUUUGAAUUUAGCCUAAAUUUUGUACCUCUUACAACAAUCAAAUCAGUGGUGUUUGGUGAGAACUAUGUAAAGACUCUUAGAGGAUAAGUUGUAUUUCAUGUUGUAAGAGCUCUUAAGAUUACUUUCUACAUUCCUGAUGUUGCUUUGAGUAGAAUUUCAUUUUCUCGCGAUAGAGAUAGCUCUAAUUGGUUUGGAAACGGCUUGUGAUAUUUGAGUAGACGCAGGAAGUGUUGUCCAGGGGUUUGGACUCUAACCUCCUCUUUUCUUUGGUCUUGAUAUUUGUCCUGCUGAGGUUUGUUAAGUUUGGUAAUCUCACCUCGGUUCUUAACGGGUGGCUAGACGCCCCACUGCAGGGCCUGCUGGGCUUUUUUACGCGGAGUUUUGUUUUUGGGUUUGACGAUAUACCUCAUUCCUCUAGUCCAGUGGGCCCUAAGGGGGCUCUGUGCCGAUGCUCAGGACACCCAAGCCCCCUUUCACAAUUUUGGUCCCACAUGGACUGUACCUCUUGCAGACACACACAUAUGUACCUACACACAACACACAGGUUCUCCAAAUACCCCAAUGGACCUCAUUUUUUCAAUAUCUACUGUUUACAGUUUGACAAAAAAUUGUAUAAUUUAAAAAAAUAUUUUUCUCACAUUGUAGUUUUAUUUAUGUACAAUAAUUUUUUUUGUUUUUCGUUCUUAUUUUGUACCUUGUGAGUUGGACUUUUAUUCUUCUAGGCUUAUAUUAUCGAUGUCCGUUUAAAUGAGCACUUAACGAUCACGA